AACAGGUGUCAAACCAAGUCCACAUUGCAUCUGAUCGUCGUUUCCGUGUAAACGACGAUGCUUCGCGCGAGGCGUCGGGAUGCCACAGCGACAGUGCCGGCCCGCCAGUGACGUAGAUGUCGUCGAAGUUGUACAGACGCCACCAGCAGUAGUGAAGACGGUUCAAAGAAAAGUGCGGUGCUCUGGAUACGAAAAUCCCCGUGUUCCAUGGGACAAUCGCCUAUGCCCGAUAACAGUGCAGCAUGAAACUGCUCACAGGAAUAAAUCCACACGAAGUACCGCCAAGAUUUCGAGACGAUGGUUCACAGUACGUUUCAGCAACAGAGUCAUCAUCAGUCACACUUCAAGCCGAGCUUUAUGAUGUCACUAAGGACACUGAAAUUGAAUGGACGAAAGACGACGCACCUUUAGUUCCAGAAAAACGUAGAAGACUACGUAUCACUGGGAAUUUGGUGCAGCUGACCUUGGACAACGUCCAGAAAGAAGAUGCCGGAAUUUACAGGGCCACAGCCAGGUCCCCUGCAGGAAUGGCUAGCAGAGAUUUGGAGCUCAGAGUGUCUUCAUCGGCUGAAGAUGAUGAACCACCUGCUUUCAUUCGAAGACUGACCGAUUUGUCUGUGAAAGUAGGCACAAGGACAAGGUUCUUGGUGGAGAUCAGGAGCAGCUCAGAAUUAACAGUGGAAUGGUACCACAACGAAAAACCCAUAGAGGAGGGAGAAAGGCUAAGAAAAGUAAACGAAGGAGGAUUCUUUUGCUUGGACGUGGCUCCAGUUACAGCCCAAGAUGCUGGUAGAUGGGUCUGCACCGCGAGAAACGCUUCUGGCCAAGCGUCCAGCGCGAGUCAUCUCAACGUACUUGUACCGAAAACUUACAAACCACCCGAGUUCCAUGAAGAGCUGCGUGCUCUCCUUACAGAACAGGGUACAGUUUCCCUGGAGUGCAAGGUGGUCGGUGUGCCGACCCCUCUCCUGCGAUGGUUCAAAGAUGGACAGGAAAUCAGGGCUGGUGACGUCUUUGCCUUGACCGCGAAUCCAGAUGAUCCUACGUCGCUAGGUACUUACACCUGUGAGGCUGUCAACUGCAUGGGUAGGGCUUUAUCAAGCUCCAAACUACACGUGAUCGGCAAAGGUGAAGAAGGAGCAAGAAAAUCCACAGAAAGUACUAUCCCAUCUGGACCACCUCCGAUAUUUACGAGAGAUUUGAAGGACGAAUCGAUUAAGAUAGGUGACCCCCUAUCAUUAUCCUGUCAGGUGAUGGUACCGCCAUGGCCUAAGUGUAUCACUUGGUACAACUCCGAGGGUAAAGUGGAGGACAAAACGGAUGGUAGAUACCAUCAACGAGCCGAUGGAUUAGGCGGGUACAUCAUUGAUGUCAAACCCACCGAAGCAGCUGACCAAGGGGAGUGGAAAUGCGUUGCAAUGAGCGCUGAUGGUUCCAUGUCUAUUUCGAGAUGCGAGGUGAAAAUGGCUAUUCCGAAAUACUUCAAGAAACCUCGAUUCAUGGACAGCCUCAAGGCCAUCCUCACCGACGAAGGGCUGGUGUCGUUCGAAUGCAAAGUGGUAGGUUCCCCGACUCCCCUGCUCAGGUGGUUCAAGGACGGUCAAGAGCUGAAACCCGGCGACGUUUACCUGUUGACCGGCACGAACUCCCUCGGUUCUUACUGCUGUAUAGCCAAAAACUGCAUGGGAGAGGCGAGAAGUUCGGCAGAGCUAACGAUCGAGGAUAUUCAGAGUCAUCUGAAUGACGAGGAACGAACGCAGCUGGUUCUCAAGAGUCAGGCCCCCAGGAUCCUCCACGGACUCAAGAGUUGCGAGGCUAGGAUCAACGAACCCUUUAGAUUUAGUGUGCAAGUCAGCGUAACCACCCCCUUAGCUGAGGUAUCCUGGUUUCGAGACGACAACGCUUUGGACAACGAACCAGACAGAUACGUACCCGUUAGGGAAAAUCUCGGGGUGUACCACCUGGACAUCGCCAGAGUAGAGUGCGUGGACCAAGCCGAAUGGAAGUUCGUAGCCACCAACGAAUUCGGCCAUUCGGUAACCACUUCCUUCCUGAAAGUGCUGAUACCGAAACAUUUCAAGAAACCGAGGUUCCUGGAGAACCUACGGGCUGUUCUGUCCGAGGAAGGCGCCGUUAAUUUAGAGUGUAAGGUUAUCGGGGUACCUCAGCCGGUGUUGAAAUGGUACAAAGACGGCGUGGAGUUGAAACCGGGAGAUAUACACAGGAUAACAUCAGGAGAGGGUGGUACGUGUUGUUUAGGCACUUACACCUGCGAAGCCAGAAACUGCAUGGGUACAGUGGCUUCCUCGGCUUCACUGCUCGGAUUCGAGGAGCAACAAACCAGAGCUCAACAGCAGCGUAUUGAGUUGGCGAGAAUCCCAUCUUUGUCAACCAUACACGAAGAACGCACGUCUCAACUUUACGAUACGGCGCAGGGGGAGCAAUCUUUGACGAUAGACGACAGGGGUGAAGUCUCCUUCUCUUUCGAUGGUAAAGACGUUUCGGUUUCCCUGUACGAAACCCCAGAUUUGACGGAAGAAGAGGCCAUUCAAAUUGUCGAGAUGUACGCCGAUCAGUUGUCAGAACAUGUGUCAGAACACAACAUCGUCGAACUGCCGUCUCUCAGAUUCGUCAAAGAGACCUCCACCUCCGGCAACCUCGUCAUGGAGGCGGUGGUGGUCGACGUCUCAGACGAUUACUUCACAGCAGCCGCAGAAGACGACCUCCGCACCGAAGCGGACGUGGACGAAAUGAUGUCCAUGACCGACGAAUCCGGCAACAUAAUCUCUUCCGUCAGGUCGGAGCAACUCAAAAUAGACCUCUCGUCUUACGACGACGCCCCUAAAAGACCCCCUAGGAAAUCGGACUCCCAGAAAACCAACUCGUUCUACAGCCUGACCAAGAAUCCUUCUGUCCAAUCUGAUGGCGGCGAAGAGAGCCUGGCCGCCGCCCUUGAGCUCGAGAGCGAGUCGCUGGGCGAGUACGAGAGCGCUGUUAGUUCGGGACGAGUCAAGGACGACAGAGCGUUCCAGGUUACUGCCAUAACCGAGGCAACGAGUCUCCCGGAUAAUCUGGAAUCUCGAAGGCCUCUGACGCCUCACACCACCCACGAAAUAGGCUCGGACCUGCGAGUCAACAGGAGCGAGAGUGGGGAGAUACGUUCUUCUAGGAGAAGAAGAUCGUCUCAGAGUUCUAACGAUACUCACUGUCUGGACCUUGCCGACGAUUCAUUCCCGAGAGAUCUUCAAGCCGAAGAAGGUGACGGUCUGGUCAUGGAUCGUGAAAUUAAAGCUGCCAGGGAACAAGAGCUGAAACAGGAAGAGAAAAACUUGGUAGAAGAAUUAAACUACACCCUACUAGACCUGAAGCACAGUUUGAAAACUAUCGAACAAGAUGUAAUAGUACAGUCUUCCCAAAAACAAUCUUCGACAGCAUCGAACAAGAGCCUAGAGCUCCUUGGCAGCAUCCUGCAACCUAUUUACGACAUACACUUAGUUUUCGAAGAAGUCAAACCGGAUAUGUCAACCGUUGAACUCCUAGCACCACCAAUAUUCGAACUCCAGAAAGGCUUAUCAGUCAUAGAAAAAUGCAUCGAACUUCAAGGCAAAGACCAUACCUUGAUCCAUAAAACUUGUGCUAACAUACUAGAUUCCAUAGGUCCCCAAAUUCACAACACCUUAGCGUUAGUCGAGAGCAUCACUAUUCUCGAAAAAGAACUGAACUCAACGAAGGGUAAUGGUAGGAUGACUCCCUCGAAAAUCAUCCAAGAAGUUUGUAUCACGAUUAAAGAAAUGGUAGCUGGUUUAGAUAGAGCUGAGAAUACACUCCAGGGUAAGAAGGAAAUAUGGUUCCAUGAAAGAGUCAAGAGUGAUUCAAUAUCAGAACACUCUUCACGAGAUAAUGACCUCUUGGAACGUUUAUAUGUUGAAGCAAUAUCAAUAAAAAAUGCUUUGGAAAAGUUGGAUAGACACCGGUCGACUACGGAUCCUCGAGAAAUGUUUUCUACGCUCAGACAACCCAUAAUCGAUGAGCUUUCAGUCCCCCUGAAGAAUCUUGGAGAAGAACUGGACAUCCUCAGGAAACAGUCAGUCAAAUAUAGAAACGAUAAAUCGUUGAUUCAAGAGUUAAGGAUGAUAGUAUUGGAACAGUUAACGUUUCCAAUAAAUGACCUGAAGAAAGGACUUGAAGCUGUUCUGGAAAUGGACGCAUCCAAGAAACACUGCGACGAGUUCAACAUCUCACUCCUGGACUCUUUCCUAACCCCAACCAUGGAAAUAAUAUCUUGUCUGGAGAAACUCAAGAAGUCAGUUGAUACGUCAGAGUUAACGGUGACAACAAGAAGUGAAAUACCUGAGGCUUCGACAUCCGAAGUAGUGAAAGAUGUUUUCCACCAGGUCAGCCAACUUGUGUACUCUAACAUAUCACAGUUGAUCGAAGAGUUUCUAUUCAAUAUCGAAGCUGCUCAACGCAAUACUGACGAUACUGCUUUACUGGAAGCUCUGAGGCAGUUGGCUUCUCUGCAGAAAGACUUUUCUUGUUGUACUUCUAAGGCUUCCCAAGUAGAAAACGAAACUUGCAUCAAAGCUAUAGAGAGUUUAUUUCAACCUCUUCAAAUCUUGAACACGCAGAUUAUACAGGUGCCACUGUCAAAUCCAGGUGCAGUAUUAGACGAUAUAAUUGCUUCGUUGAGCAUCUUGGAAGAGAGUAUCAUUGUAGAACAAGUAGACGAAGAAGUAUUCAACAUUUUCCACUCACUGAAGAAGAGAACCAAUGAAGUCAAGGAAAACAUAUGCGGACUUACUGAACGGGGAUCCCUGGUCGAAUCAUUAGCUGAAGACACUGGUAGUGUUGUUGUGAUAUUAGAGGAAGGUACGGAUACUGUGAUAGCAGAUGAUAUGAUCCAGGAUACACGCGGAGUUAUAAGUAUAUUAGAAAAACGUUCUCCCUCCUUGACGUUAUUGGAAUCUGUGAUGCCAUCUAUCGAAGCUUUGGAUGAAAUAAUACACGAUGAUAAGUUGUUGAAGAAUAAAUCAGAGCUAUCUCUACAGGAACGAUUCGCCCUACAAAGGUAUGUCCAACCUUUAGAAUACAUCGAAGAUCAGAUAAUCGAAGCAAUGGAUACUUUGAUGGAACAACCGAACGUGGUCCAGCUCAAUGAAAUCAAAGUGCUCCUUGAACAUUUGCAAUAUAAUGUUGCUGUGAUACAUCAGCAAAUCAUCGAUGAGACUCACUUCUUAGAAGCGACUCCUAAACCUAGUUUCGACCAUUUAAAGAAGUGUAUAACGGCGGUUCAAAGUUUACCGAUCAUAGCAGAAACGCCUGAGACUGAAGCAGUUGUAUCAGCAGCAACCAGCAGGGCGAUAUUGGAGAGUGUAUACGAGCUGGAGAAAUGCUUGGCAGGCUUCACUGAAGAAACUAGCGCUGACACGAGUGACACAUUGGCUCCACAGAUCAUCCAACAGGCUGCAGAAAUUGCUGAACGUGUUCAAGAACUGAAGCAAGGUUCUCUAUUCGAAGGGAGUUCUGUUUUAACUCCCGAGGACAUAGCUAGAAUCAAAAUGUUGUCAGAGCCCCUCAGACGUUUCAGUCUGAGCAUAGCAACAGUUCAAGGAUUGGCGGAUGAUCGAGAGCAGAGGACACAAGCUUUUGAGUUCUUGUUGGAGCCUCUGGAAGAUAUAGAUAAAUUAAUCAAGAAUAUAUCGAACGAAACUUUCAAAAGUUAUUUGGCAAACCUGGAGGAGCCUUUGAGUCAAGCUCUUGAGAUAAUCACACUGGAAAAAGGAAACUUAGAUAUAACAAGUGAUGCGGUGGAAACGAUUGUGAGGAUUGGGGAAUUGGUCAAUAACAUUAGGGAUGAAGUCAUUUUAUUUAUAACGAGUGGGGAGUUACCUUCAACUGAAAAUAUGAGUGAGUACCUUCAGGAGCUAGAGCGAGUAACCUCUCAGAUAGCGGAUGAUAGCAAUUUAAAAUACAUCAAAGAAUGCAUAAGGAAUUUUGGAGAAUCUAUUGCUUCUGUUCUAAAUGAGCUGUCUAACAUUUGGGAAGACAAUUUCCGUGGAGAGCCAAUUGAGAGCGAAAUUUCGGAAGACGAAAAGCUCAAGGGGGAUAUGUUACAAAAUGUUUCAGAUUUGAUAUCUUUGGUCACUAGUAAAGUCCCCUCAUGUUCAAGGAAACUCGUGCUAUCAGAAGCCUUACAAACGACGUUUGGUUCCAGGUAUUCAGGAGAAAUAUUCGAAGGUAUUCCAUACAAUGUCUCCUCACCCAUAUUACAAAAAAUGAAGAGCCUCCUGAUAACAGUUAACGAAUAUUUGCAGUAUGAAAUUCCCUCAACUGAAAGAGUCCGAUCAGAAGUUGAAAACUUCAUUGAAACGCUUUCAUCUGAAGAAGAGCUUUCGGGUAACUUGUUUGAGAUUUUUUCCGUUAUAAGAAGUUCUUUGGAUGGAAUAUUAAACGAAGAGAAACAAUUCAAAGAAAUGAAACAACGUUGCAUAGAAAACUUAUCUGAAACCAUUGAAAUGUUUGGAAAAUUAGUAUCGUUUCAGAAAUGGGAAUCGUUAGACCUCUCAGAAUUCCACAAGAAUUUAUGUUCCCUUCAACCUCUGAUCUUUGAUAUGGCUGACCUCGACCUAUCAGAGGAAAACUUGGAGUUUAUAGCUAGUAUACAAGAAGCAUUCCUGGAAAUGAACGAAUUUUUACAUCAAACUGCGAUGUCUGGAAUUAAAAUGGAGGAAUUAAAAAACACUGAGCUGAAAAUUCUUAAGAUCAGGAAAACUGGAUGGCAGAAGUUGGAGAAUUUCGAAACGAAAUUAGCAGAUGUGAUAAAAUUCGUCCCAGCUUUGAUCGAGAAUUUAGAACAAAUGGAAAGGAUCAGAAUUAAAAAUGACAAAAUAUUGCUUGUGCAGAAGGAACUCAAGCAGUUCCUCCAAACACUUAUUAAAGUUGAUAGAGAAGUCUCCCAUGAAACUAUCCAAGAAUCACUUCUAGCCUUGAAGAAAAUUCUUGAUUCUCGGGAUAUUUUUGAUCAGGAAGAAAGAAGUUCGUUGGAUCAAAUCUGUAACCAUUUAAGCGCUCUUUCUACCAAAAAAUCCACAGAAGAAAUACAGAUGCUUAUCCGUGAUUUCAAAUCGUCCCAUCAGACUCCAAAAGAUCUCCUUCUCAAUGAUAUACACGUCGUUCUCCUUGAAAUAGCAGAACAUUUCGAAAAAACAGUUUUGGAGUAUAAUGCCAGGGAAGAACAGCAACAAAAUAUAUUUAUCGAAAAUAAAUCACCCACUGAAAACAUUCAGAAUAUUGCUAUGAAUAAAGAAGUUACAGAAACCACGACUGCAAUUUCAACCAGUGAAGUGAGUGAAUACCCAACUGGUCAAAGAAUAGACGAAGAAGUAUCUUCUUUAUUCCAUGAGCUGUUAGAAUCUUCCCAAUCUGUCACUAAUUCCUCACAUCCUAUCUUGAAAAAAGACAUGAAUUCUAUUGUAACAUUCCUCUCAGAAAUCAUUCCAAAAUUAGCUGAUAAAAAAUUAACAGAAAAAGAAGUAGCGUUCUUCAUGAAGUCAAGGGACUUCAUGAAUCUCCUUAGAGAAUCGAAACAAUACACUGAUACAAAAUCUCUCUUCGAAACUCUACAAGAAUCGGUCGUUUCAUCUAGUGAAGAAGUGAUGACUUUUUACGAACUCCUAGAAAGUCUAUACACCAACCAUAAGUCCCUCUCGAAGAUUCAGGAAACUUUCGAGAGUGCCAGGUCAUCGUUAGAACUAUUUCGUGGGAUCUUGAAGAAUUUCGAACCUUGCAAACUUUCAGUUCGUUCAGAUGUUCUUGAACUGAAGAGGUUCAUCGUUGAGAUACAGGAACAAAUUGCCCUUCUCCGUAUAGAAAGUUUGGAAAACGAAGGGAAAAAAGCAAUAGAUGAAUCGCUCAAAACCACAGCAGCCUUACUGAUUUACAUCGACCAUAUGGCUUCUACUGGCCAAUUAGAACCAAAGGAGACGGUCAAAUCUUCAAUUGAAAACUUGAAGUUAUCCAUAUUGAACCUCCAAGACAACACAGAGCUGAAAAAUAUCCUUGAAAUUUUCGAAGAAACUGUUAAGAACACGGUGAAUUUGCUGGAGACCAUACCUGAAGAAAAUUACAUACAAAUGAAGAAAUGCACGUUGCAACUCUUGAAACAUGCCGAGGAUACUAUAAAUUCAUUCGAUUCUUCCAAACUGAACCGUCGCAGAAGGUGCAUGCUGAUAGAGGUACUAAAACAUUUACACCAGAUACAUAAUAUUCUGGAUUCUAUAGUGUACGGUAGUGAGAGCGAAUGUUUAUAUUAUGGGAACCUCCAGGAAGUUGUUGAGGUUGUUAUCGAUUUGGUAGAGAACAAAGACCUUCUUCCAGUUGGAAACGAUAGUGAUAUACUCAACGUGAAGAUGGAAAAGUUGAAAUCUGUCACGAAGGGAGAGUCAUCCUCUAAAUUUAACGAUAUAACCAGUCAUAUGACCUCUGUAGUGGAGGCAGUGAAGACUUUCAUUUUAUCGCUUGAAGAUUCCUCCGACGAUAUGGAAUCCGCUCUGUCUGAUUUGCAGUUGAAAUUGAACCAUUUGAGGGUGUCCAAUACCUCGAGCAAUAAUAAACUUUUAGAGGAACUAUCCAGGGAGCUUCACAUGAGCUUGAGCACUUUACAAUUCGUCGCUUCCAGUCUCUUAGAUGAUGAGAAAAAGCUCCUCAGAGUGGAGGAGGUCCAAGUGGUUUGUAAAAUAUCUGAGGCUAUAGAGAACCUGGAUUCACUUCUUGUAUCUGCUGGUACAGAAUUAACAAGAGAUCAAGUAGUCGUUUUGGAAACUUGCACUCAGUCCAUGAAGAAAGCUUCCGAAAGUAUCAAUAAGGAAUCAACCGGUAAAGAUUUCAUAGAACCUCUACAAGAGAUUACUUUCAAACUGGGUAAGGUUUACGAGAAAGUGAAACGUCUUCAAGAAGAAAGCUUCAUACAGAAGAAAUAUCUAAUUGAGAAGACCAUCGUCGACUUUUUUGAACUGAGUCGGGAUUUGGGAAAUAUGAUCGGAUCGUCAGUAACAAAUAAAAGUGAAGAACCCCUACAAAAGAAUAUCAGUGGAAUGAUCCAUGAGAAUGAUAUAGACCAAUUGCCUUUGAAUCGACUGAGUGGUCUGAAAGAAAUCUGCGAUUGCAUUCAGAGGGUGAGAAAAGUGAUGGAAGGAGAAAUUAAGUCUAGUGAUCACCUAGAAACUAUCAAAAACUUAUACAAAGAAUCUUCAGAAGAAUUCAGGAAUAUUUCAUCGUCCCCGAAGUUAUCGGAUGAUAUGUUGUAUUUGUUGAAACAAACUGAUGAGAAUAUUUGUUCAGCGCUGAAAGAUUUGGAUGAUUUCCAAAGAAAACGACAACAGGAAGAUACAGCUUCUGUUACAGAACAACAAGUCCUGUCAUCAUCUGAAUUAGAAGGACCUAUUGCAAACAUCUCCCAUUCUUUAUCAGACUUGGAGGUGUUCCUGUCGAGAAUAACAGAAGCAUCAGGAGGAGAUCUCGAUAUUUUAUCUGCUUUGAAAUCUCCCAUCCGUCAAUUACAACUUGAUCUUCGUAAGGAUGGUUCAUUAUCUCAGGAAGAAACUUCUCUUGUAAACGCUCUAAAUGAAACUGUGAAAGAAAUUCUCAUUAAGUCAAGGACUGACCCCCUUCAUUUCAAAUCAUUUUCAGACUGCCUCUACAAAAUGGAAAAUAUUUUGAUAAGUGCUUGUAUGAGAGCAGCAUUGGUUCCUAGCUCCGACGUUUGUAACUCUGUCAUUCAAAAUAUACUCCCAGCAUUAGAUUCUCUAGUGAAAGUAGUCAUAAAUCUGCACACAGAGUACAAUUGGAGACUACAGCUACGUAAAAAUAUAGCCGAUCUCAGCCAAACUUCAUACCUGGUUUGUCAGAAACUGGAUAACAUUGAUGGAGAAUUAAAACACCUCAAAAAAUUGUACGAACCUCUUCAACGUAUCACAAAAUUUGUGGAAGCAGAAAACAAACAAUUCAAAUUGGAAACAUUCCAACGUUUCACUCCUGAAAUAAAAGAGUUAUCAUCAGUCACCAGGGUCGUUUCGCUUGAAGAUAGUAUUUUGGAGAAUGCAACGGUCUUACAGUAUUUAAAUAAAAUUAUAGAUAUUUCCGAAAUCCUUUCUACUGAAGCUGAACCAAAACAUCUUCCUACUGCACUGCGAGAAUUAACCGAAAGUUUGAGGAACAUUCAUACACUAUUGAAUAGGAUGGAAUUGGAAACGAGAGAAACUGGAGAAAUUGGGGAGAUUCCUCCAACUUCCAGUGAUAUUCAGGAGAAAGCUCAGGAUUUGACUCUUCCAACUACGACAGAAAUCACAGAAGUUGUUCCAACAGCUGACACCGGGAGUAUUGCUACCGAAGCUGAAGUAAAAAAAGUGGAGAAAACACUUUCAGCAGCCGAAAAAGUGAAAUCGGUGAAAUCACUGAGCAUUUUAACUGACAUAUCACAAAUAACUGAAACAAUUUCUCGUAUGGAGGUGGAAUCUCAAACGCAACCACAAAAAGGAGUAUUAAGCAUUGUGAAUAUAGCAGCACCGCUUAAAAACUUGAAAGAAAGUAUAGAAGCAUUUGAAAAAGACAAAAAGGAUAUAACUGAAGGCGUUAAUGAAGAAAUUCAAGAGAAACUAGAAACAAUAAGUGUCCCUUUGAAAGAAUUAGCGUCUGUUUUGGUCACAAUGACAGAUAGUGCCAUCAAGCCAGAAAUUGGGAAUGUAGAAGAAGAAGUUCAUAAUGCAGUCCUUAGUCUCAAAGAAACAUUGAAUAUUGUUACUGUUGGAUUACCGAAGAACGAAAAAUCUGAAAUACUGCUACAACCUCUAGAAAAACUAAAAGCUGAAAUAAAAAAAGUAGAAAGAACAAUUACAGCGGCCGAGAAAGUGAAAUUGGUAAAAGCUCCAAGCAUUUUAGCUGACAUAUCUCAAAUAACUGAAACCAUUUCUCGUAUGGAGGUAGAAUCUCAAACGCAACCACAAAAAGGAGUAUUGAGCAUUGUGAAUAUUGCAGAACCGCUUACAAACUUGAGAGAAAGUAUCGAAGCACUUGAAAAAGGGAAACAGGAUACAACUGAAGCCGUUAAUGAGGAAAUACAAGAGAAACUAGAAACUAUUAGUGUUCCUUUGAAGAAAUUAGCCUCUGUUUUGGUCACAAUGACAGAUAGGGCCAUCAAGCCAGAAAUUGGGAAUGUAGAAGAAGAAGUUCAUAAUGCAGUCCUUAGUCUCAAAGAAACAUUGAAUAUUGUUACUGUUGGAUUACCGAAGAACGAAAAAUCUGAAAUACUGCUACAACCUCUAGAAAAACUAAAAGCUGAAAUAGAAAAAGUAGAAAGAACAAUUACAGCGGCCGAAAAAGUGAAAUUAGUUAAAGCUCCAAGCAUUUUAGCUGACAUAUCUCAAAUAAAACCGCUUACCAACUUGAGGGAAAGUAUCGAAGCACUUGAAAAAGGGAAACAGGAUACAACUGAAGCCGUUAAUGAGGAAAUACAAGAGAAACUAGAAACUAUUAGUGUUCCUUUGAAGAAAUUAGCCUCUGUUUUGGUCACAAUGACAGAUAGGGCCAUCAAGCCAGAAAUUGGGAAUGUGGAAGAAGAAGUUCAUAAUGCAGUCCUUAGUCUCAAAGAAACAUUGAAUAUUGUUACUGUUGGAUUACCGAAGAACGAAAAAUCUGAAAUACUGCUACAACCUCUAGAAAAACUAAAAGCUGAAAUAAAAAAAGUAGAAAGAACAAUUACAGCGGCCGAAAAAGUGAAAUUGGUAAAAGCACCAAGCAUUUUAGCUGACAUAUCUCAAAUAACUGAAACCAUUUCUCGUAUGGAGGUAGAAUCUCAAACGCAACCACAAAAAGGAGUAUUGAGCAUUGUGAAUAUUGCAGAACCGCUUACAAACUUGAGAGAAAGUAUCGAAGCACUUGAAAAAGGGAAACAGGAUACAACUGAAGCCGUUAAUGAGGAAAUACAAGAGAAACUAGAAACUAUUAGUGUUCCUUUGAAGAAAUUAGCCUCUGUUUUGGUCACAAUGACAGAUAGGGCCAUCAAGCCAGAAAUUGGGAAUGUAGAAGAAGAAGUUCAUAAUGCAGUCCUUAGUCUCAAAGAAACAUUGAAUAUUGUUACUGUUGGAUUACCGAAGAACGAAAAAUCUGAAAUACUGCUACAACCUCUAGAAAAACUAAAAGCUGAAAUAGAAAAAGUAGAAAGAACAAUUACAGCGGCCGAAAAAGUGAAAUUAGUUAAAGCUCCAAGCAUUUUAGCUGACAUAUCUCAAAUAAGUGAAACCAUUUCUCGUAUGGAGGUAAAAUCUCAAACGCAACCACAAAAAGGAGUAUUGAGCAUUGUGAAUAUUGCAGAACCGCUUACCAACUUGAGGGAAAGUAUCGAAGCACUUGAAAAAGGGAAACAGGAUACAACUGAAGCCGUUAAUGAGGAAAUACAAGAGAAACUAGAAACUAUUAGUGUUCCUUUGAAGAAAUUAGCCUCUGUUUUGGUCACAAUGACAGAUAGUGCCAUCAAGCCAGAAAUUGGGAAUGUAGAAGAAGAAGUUCAUAAUGCAGUCCUUAGUCUCAAAGAAACAUUGAAUAUUGUUACUGUUGGAUUACCGAAGAACGAAAAAUCUGAAAUACUGCUACAACCUUUAGAAAAACUAAAAGCUGAAAUAGAAAAAGUAGAAAGAACAAUUACAGCGGCCGAAAAAGUGAAAUUGGUAAAAGCUUCAAGCAUUUUAGCUGACAUAUCUCAAAUAACUGAAACCAUUUCUCGUAUGGAGGUAGAAUCUCAAACGCAACCACAAAAAGGAGUAUUGAGCAUUGUGAAUAUUGCAGAACCGCUUACAAACUUGAGAGAAAGUAUCGAAGCACUUGAAAAAGGGAAACAGGAUACAACUGAAGCCGUUAAUGAGGAAAUACAAGAGAAACUAGAAACUAUUAGUGUUCCUUUGAAGAAAUUAGCCUCUGUUUUGGUCACAAUGACAGAUAGUGCCAUCGAGCCAGAAAUUGGGAAUGUAGAAGAAGAAGUUCAUAAUGCAGUCCUUAGUCUCAAAGAAACAUUGAAUAUUGUUACUGUUGGAUUACCGAAGAACGAAAAGUCUGAAAUUCUACUACAACCUCUAGAAAAACUAAAAGCUGAAAUAGAAAAAGUAGAAAGAACAAUUACAGCGGCCGAAAAAGUGAAAUUGGUAAAAGCUCCAAGCAUUUUAGCUGACAUAUCUCAAAUAACUGAAACCAUUUCUCGUAUGGAGGUAGAAUCUCAAACGCAACCACAAAAAGGAGUAUUGAGCAUUGUGAAUAUUGCAGAACCGCUUACAAACUUGAGAGAAAGUAUCGAAGCACUUGAAAAAGGGAAACAGGAUACAACUGAAGCCGUUAAUGAGGAAAUACAAGAGAAACUAGGAACUAUUAGUGUUCCUUUGAAGAAAUUAGCCUCUGUUUUGGUCACAAUGACAGAUAGUGCCAUCAAGCCAGAAAUUGGGAAUGUAGAAGAAGAAGUUCAUAAUGCAGUCCUUAGUCUCAAAGAAACAUUGAAUAUUGUUACUGUUGGAUUACCGAAGAACGAAAAGUCUGAAAUACUGCUACAACCUCUAGAAAAACUAAAAGCUGAAAUAGAAAAAGUAGAAAGAACAAUUACAGCGGCCGAAAAAGUGAAAUUGGUAAAAGCUCCAAGCAUUUUAGCUGACAUAUCUCAAAUAACUGAAACCAUUUCUCGUAUGGAGGUAGAAUCUCAAACGCAACCACAAAAAGGAGUAUUGAGCAUUGUGAAUAUUGCAGAACCGCUUACAAACUUGAAAGAAAGUAUCGAAGCACUUGAAAAAGGCAAACAGGAUACAACUGAAGCCGUUAAUGAGGAAAUACAAGAGAAACUAGAAACAAUUAGUGUUCCUUUGAAGAAAUUAGCCUCUGUUUUGGUCACAAUGACAGAUAGUGCCAUCAAGCCAGAAAUUGGAAAUGUAGAAGAAGAAGUUCAUAAUGCAGUCCUUAGUCUCAAAGAAACAUUGAAUAUUGUUACUGUUGGAUUACCGAUAAACGAAAAGUCUGAAAUACUGCUACAACCUCUAGAAAAACUAAAAGCUGAAAUAGAAAAAGUAGAAAGAACAAUUACAGCGGCCGAAAAAGUGAAAUUGAUAAAAGCUCCAAGCAUUUUAGCUGACAUAUCUCAAAUAACUGAAACCAUUUCUCGUAUGGAGGUAGAAUCUCAAACGCAACCACAAAAAGGAGUAUUGAGCAUUGUGAAUAUUGCAGAACCGCUUACAAACUUGAAAGAAAGUAUCGAAGCACUUGAAAAAGGCAAACAGGAUACAACUGAAGCCGUUAAUGAGGAAAUACAAGAGAAACUAGAAACAAUUAGUGUUCCUUUGAAGAAAUUAGCCUCUGUUUUGGUCACAAUGACAGAUAGUGCCAUCAAGCCAGAAAUUGGAAAUGUAGAAGAAGAAGUUCAUAAUGCAGUCCUUAGUCUCAAAGAAACAUUGAAUAUUGUUACUGUUGGAUUACCGAUAAACGAAAAGUCUGAAAUCCUUCUACAACCUCUAGAAAAACUAAAAGCUGAAAUAGAAAAAGUAGAAAGAACAAUUACAGCGGCCGAAAAAGUGAAAUUGAUAAAAGCUCCAAGCAUUUUAGCUGACAUAUCUCAAAUAACUGAAACCAUUUCUCGUAUGGAGGUAGAAUCUCAAACGCAAUCACAUAAAGGAGUAUUGAGCAUUGUGAAUAUUGCAGAACCGCUUACAAAUUUGAAAGAAAGUAUCGAAGCACUUGAAAAAUGCAAACAGGAUAUAAUUGAAGCCGUUAAUGAGGAAAUACAAGAGAAACUAGAAACUAUUAGUGUUCCUUUGAAGAAAUUAGCUUCUGUUUUGGUCACAAUGACAGAUAGUGCCAUCAAGCCAGAAAUUGGAAAUGUAGAAGAAGAAGUUCAUAAUGCAGUCCUUAGUCUCAAAGAAACAUUGAAUAUUGUUACUGUUGGAUUACCGAUAAACGAAAAGUCUGAAAUACUGCUACAACCUCUAGAAAAACUAAAAGCUGAAAUAGAAAAAGUAGAAAGAACAAUUACAGCGGCCGAAAAAGUGAAAUUGAUAAAAGCUCCAAGCAUUUUAGCUGACAUAUCUCAAAUAACUGAAACAAUUUCUCGUAUGGAAGUAGAAUCUCAAACGCAACCACAAAAAGGAGUAUUGAGCAUUGUGAAUAUUGCAGAACCACUUACAAACUUGAAAGAAAGUAUCGAAGCACUUGAAAAAGGCAAACAGGAUACAACUGAAGCCGUUAAUGAGGAAAUACAAGAGAAACUAGAAACAAUUAGUGUUCCUUUGAAGAAAUUAGCCUCUGUUUUGGUGACAAUGACAGAUAGUGCCAUCAAGCCAGAAAUUGGGAAUGUAGAAGAAGAAGUUCAUAAUGCAGUCCUUAGUCUCAAAGAAACAUUGAAUAUUGUUACUGUUGGAUUACCGAAGAACGAAAAGUCUGAAAUACUGCUACAACCUCUAGAAAAACUAAAAGCUGAAAUAGAAAAAGUAGAAAGAACAAUUACAGCGGCCGAAAAAGUGAAAUUGGUAAAAGCUCCAAGCAUUUUAGCUGACAUAUCUCAAAUAACUGAAACCAUUUCUCGUAUGGAGGUAGAAUCUCAAACGCAACCACAAAAAGGAGUAUUGAGCAUUGUGAAUAUUGCAGAACCGCUUACAAACUUGAAAGAAAGUAUCGAAGCACUUGAAAAAGGCAAACAGGAUACAACUGAAGCCGUUAAUGAGGAAAUACAAGAGAAACUAGAAACAAUUAGUGUUCCUUUGAAGAAAUUAGCCUCUGUUUUGGUCACAAUGACAGAUAGUGCCAUCAAGCCAGAAAUUGGAAAUGUAGAAGAAGAAGUUCAUAAUGCAGUCCUUAGUCUCAAAGAAACAUUGAAUAUUGUUACUGUUGGAUUACCGAUAAACGAAAAGUCUGAAAUACUGCUACAACCUCUAGAAAAACUAAAAGCUGAAAUAGAAAAAGUAGAAAGAACAAUUACAGCGGCCGAAAAAGUGAAAUUGAUAAAAGCUCCAAGCAUUUUAGCUGACAUAUCUCAAAUAACUGAAACCAUUUCUCGUAUGGAGGUAGAAUCUCAAACGCAACCACAAAAAGGAGUAUUGAGCAUUGUGAAUAUUGCAGAACCGCUUACAAACUUGAAAGAAAGUAUCGAAGCACUUGAAAAAGGCAAACAGGAUACAACUGAAGCCGUUAAUGAGGAAAUACAAGAGAAACUAGAAACAAUUAGUGUUCCUUUGAAGAAAUUAGCCUCUGUUUUGGUCACAAUGACAGAUAGUGCCAUCAAGCCAGAAAUUGGAAAUGUAGAAGAAGAAGUUCAUAAUGCAGUCCUUAGUCUCAAAGAAACAUUGAAUAUUGUUACUGUUGGAUUACCGAUAAACGAAAAGUCUGAAAUCCUUCUACAACCUCUAGAAAAACUAAAAGCUGAAAUAGAAAAAGUAGAAAGAACAAUUACAGCGGCCGAAAAAGUGAAAUUGAUAAAAGCUCCAAGCAUUUUAGCUGACAUAUCUCAAAUAACUGAAACCAUUUCUCGUAUGGAGGUAGAAUCUCAAACGCAAUCACAUAAAGGAGUAUUGAGCAUUGUGAAUAUUGCAGAACCGCUUACAAAUUUGAAAGAAAGUAUCGAAGCACUUGAAAAAUGCAAACAGGAUAUAAUUGAAGCCGUUAAUGAGGAAAUACAAGAGAAACUAGAAACUAUUAGUGUUCCUUUGAAGAAAUUAGCCUCUGUUUUGGUCACAAUGACAGAUAGUGCCAUCAAGCCAGAAAUUGGAAAUGUAGAAGAAGAAGUUCAUAAUGCAGUCCUUAGUCUCAAAGAAACAUUGAAUAUUGUUACUGUUGGAUUACCGAUAAACGAAAAGUCUGAAAUACUGCUACAACCUCUAGAAAAACUAAAAGCUGAAAUAGAAAAAGUAGAAAGAACAAUUACAGCGGCCGAAAAAGUGAAAUUGAUAAAAGCUCCAAGCAUUUUAGCUGACAUAUCUCAAAUAACUGAAACCAUUUCUCGUAUGGAGGUAGAAUCUCAAACGCAACCACAAAAAGGAGUAUUGAGCAUUGUGAAUAUUGCAGAACCGCUUACAAACUUGAGAGAAAGUAUCGAAGCACUUGAAAAAGGGAAACAGGAUACAACUGAAGCCGUUAAUGAGGAAAUACAAGAGAAACUAGAAACUAUUAGUGUUCCUUUGAAGAAAUUAGCCUCUGUUUUGGUCACAAUGACAGAUAGGGCCAUCAAGCCAGAAAUUGGGAAUGUAGAAGAAGAAGUUCAUAAUGCAGUCCUUAGUCUCAAAGAAACAUUGAAUAUUGUUACUGUUGGAUUACCGAAGAACGAAAAAUCUGAAAUACUGCUACAACCUCUAGAAAAACUAAAAGCUGAAAUAGAAAAAGUAGAAAGAACAAUUACAGCGGCCGAAAAAGUGAAAUUAGUUAAAGCUCCAAGCAUUUUAGCUGACAUAUCUCAAAUAAGUGAAACCAUUUCUCGUAUGGAGGUAAAAUCUCAAACGCAACCACAAAAAGGAGUAUUGAGCAUUGUGAAUAUUGCAGAACCGCUUACCAACUUGAGGGAAAGUAUCGAAGCACUUGAAAAAGGGAAACAGGAUACAACUGAAGCCGUUAAUGAGGAAAUACAAGAGAAACUAGAAACUAUUAGUGUUCCUUUGAAGAAAUUAGCCUCUGUUUUGGUCACAAUGACAGAUAGUGCCAUCAAGCCAGAAAUUGGGAAUGUAGAAGAAGAAGUUCAUAAUGCAGUCCUUAGUCUCAAAGAAACAUUGAAUAUUGUUACUGUUGGAUUACCGAAGAACGAAAAAUCUGAAAUACUGCUACAACCUUUAGAAAAACUAAAAGCUGAAAUAGAAAAAGUAGAAAGAACAAUUACAGCGGCCGAAAAAGUGAAAUUGGUAAAAGCUUCAAGCAUUUUAGCUGACAUAUCUCAAAUAACUGAAACCAUUUCUCGUAUGGAGGUAGAAUCUCAAACGCAACCACAAAAAGGAGUAUUGAGCAUUGUGAAUAUUGCAGAACCGCUUACAAACUUGAGAGAAAGUAUCGAAGCACUUGAAAAAGGGAAACAGGAUACAACUGAAGCCGUUAAUGAGGAAAUACAAGAGAAACUAGAAACUAUUAGUGUUCCUUUGAAGAAAUUAGCCUCUGUUUUGGUCACAAUGACAGAUAGUGCCAUCGAGCCAGAAAUUGGGAAUGUAGAAGAAGAAGUUCAUAAUGCAGUCCUUAGUCUCAAAGAAACAUUGAAUAUUGUUACUGUUGGAUUACCGAAGAACGAAAAGUCUGAAAUUCUACUACAACCUCUAGAAAAACUAAAAGCUGAAAUAGAAAAAGUAGAAAGAACAAUUACAGCGGCCGAAAAAGUGAAAUUGGUAAAAGCUCCAAGCAUUUUAGCUGACAUAUCUCAAAUAACUGAAACCAUUUCUCGUAUGGAGGUAGAAUCUCAAACGCAACCACAAAAAGGAGUAUUGAGCAUUGUGAAUAUUGCAGAACCGCUUACAAACUUGAGAGAAAGUAUCGAAGCACUUGAAAAAGGGAAACAGGAUACAACUGAAGCCGUUAAUGAGGAAAUACAAGAGAAACUAGGAACUAUUAGUGUUCCUUUGAAGAAAUUAGCCUCUGUUUUGGUCACAAUGACAGAUAGUGCCAUCAAGCCAGAAAUUGGGAAUGUAGAAGAAGAAGUUCAUAAUGCAGUCCUUAGUCUCAAAGAAACAUUGAAUAUUGUUACUGUUGGAUUACCGAAGAACGAAAAGUCUGAAAUACUGCUACAACCUCUAGAAAAACUAAAAGCUGAAAUAGAAAAAGUAGAAAGAACAAUUACAGCGGCCGAAAAAGUGAAAUUGGUAAAAGCUCCAAGCAUUUUAGCUGACAUAUCUCAAAUAACUGAAACCAUUUCUCGUAUGGAGGUAGAAUCUCAAACGCAACCACAAAAAGGAGUAUUGAGCAUUGUGAAUAUUGCAGAACCGCUUACAAACUUGAAAGAAAGUAUCGAAGCACUUGAAAAAGGCAAACAGGAUACAACUGAAGCCGUUAAUGAGGAAAUACAAGAGAAACUAGAAACAAUUAGUGUUCCUUUGAAGAAAUUAGCCUCUGUUUUGGUCACAAUGACAGAUAGUGCCAUCAAGCCAGAAAUUGGAAAUGUAGAAGAAGAAGUUCAUAAUGCAGUCCUUAGUCUCAAAGAAACAUUGAAUAUUGUUACUGUUGGAUUACCGAUAAACGAAAAGUCUGAAAUACUGCUACAACCUCUAGAAAAACUAAAAGCUGAAAUAGAAAAAGUAGAAAGAACAAUUACAGCGGCCGAAAAAGUGAAAUUGAUAAAAGCUCCAAGCAUUUUAGCUGACAUAUCUCAAAUAACUGAAACCAUUUCUCGUAUGGAGGUAGAAUCUCAAACGCAACCACAAAAAGGAGUAUUGAGCAUUGUGAAUAUUGCAGAACCGCUUACAAACUUGAAAGAAAGUAUCGAAGCACUUGAAAAAGGCAAACAGGAUACAACUGAAGCCGUUAAUGAGGAAAUACAAGAGAAACUAGAAACAAUUAGUGUUCCUUUGAAGAAAUUAGCCUCUGUUUUGGUCACAAUGACAGAUAGUGCCAUCAAGCCAGAAAUUGGAAAUGUAGAAGAAGAAGUUCAUAAUGCAGUCCUUAGUCUCAAAGAAACAUUGAAUAUUGUUACUGUUGGAUUACCGAUAAACGAAAAGUCUGAAAUCCUUCUACAACCUCUAGAAAAACUAAAAGCUGAAAUAGAAAAAGUAGAAAGAACAAUUACAGCGGCCGAAAAAGUGAAAUUGAUAAAAGCUCCAAGCAUUUUAGCUGACAUAUCUCAAAUAACUGAAACCAUUUCUCGUAUGGAGGUAGAAUCUCAAACGCAAUCACAUAAAGGAGUAUUGAGCAUUGUGAAUAUUGCAGAACCGCUUACAAAUUUGAAAGAAAGUAUCGAAGCACUUGAAAAAUGCAAACAGGAUAUAAUUGAAGCCGUUAAUGAGGAAAUACAAGAGAAACUAGAAACUAUUAGUGUUCCUUUGAAGAAAUUAGCCUCUGUUUUGGUCACAAUGACAGAUAGUGCCAUCAAGCCAGAAAUUGGAAAUGUAGAAGAAGAAGUUCAUAAUGCAGUCCUUAGUCUCAAAGAAACAUUGAAUAUUGUUACUGUUGGAUUACCGAUAAACGAAAAGUCUGAAAUACUGCUACAACCUCUAGAAAAACUAAAAGCUGAAAUAGAAAAAGUAGAAAGAACAAUUACAGCGGCCGAAAAAGUGAAAUUGAUAAAAGCUCCAAGCAUUUUAGCUGACAUAUCUCAAAUAACUGAAACAAUUUCUCGUAUGGAAGUAGAAUCUCAAACGCAACCACAAAAAGGAGUAUUGAGCAUUGUGAAUAUUGCAGAACCACUUACAAACUUGAAAGAAAGUAUCGAAGCACUUGAAAAAGGCAAACAGGAUACAACUGAAGCCGUUAAUGAGGAAAUACAAGAGAAACUAGAAACAAUUAGUGUUCCUUUGAAGAAAUUAGCCUCUGUUUUGGUGACAAUGACAGAUAGUGCCAUCAAGCCAGAAAUUGGGAAUGUAGAAGAAGAAGUUCAUAAUGCAGUCCUUAGUCUCAAAGAAACAUUGAAUAUUGUUACUGUUGGAUUACCGAAGAACGAUAAAUCUGAAAUACUGCUACAACCUCUAGAAAAAUUAAAAGCUGAAAUAGAAAAAGUAGAGAGAACAAUUACAGCGGCCGAAAAAGUGAAAUUGGUAAAAGCACCAAGCAUUUUAGCUGACAUAUCUCAAAUAACUGAAACAAUUUCUCGUAUGGAAGUAGAAUCUCAAACGCAACCACAAAAAGGAGUAUUGAGCAUUGUGAAUAUUGCAGAACCGCUUACAAACUUGAAAGAAAGUAUCGAAGCACUUGAAAAAGGCAAACAGGAUACAACUGAAGCCGUUAAUGAGGAAAUACAAGAGAAACUAGAAACAAUUAGUGUUCCUUUGAAGAAAUUAGCCUCUGUUUUGGUGACAAUGACAGAUAGUGCCAUCAAGCUAGAAAUUGGAAAUGUAGAAGAAGAAGUUCAUAAUGCAGUCCUUAGUCUCAAAGAAACAUUGCAUAUUGUUACUGUUGGAUUACCGAAAAACGAAAAAUCUGAAAUACUGCUACAACCUCUAGAAAAAUUAAAAGCUGAAAUAGAAAAAGUAGAGAGAACAAUUACAGCGGCCGAAAAAGUGAAAUUGGUAGAAGCACCAAGCAUUUUAGCUGACAUAUCUCAAAUAACUGAAACAAUUUCUCGUAUGGAAGUAGAAUCUCAAACGCAACCACAAAAAGGAGUAUUGAGCAUUGUGAAUAUUGCAGAACCACUUACAAACUUGAAAGAAAGUAUCGAAGCACUUGAAAAAGGGGAACAGGAUACAACUGAAGGCCUUAAUGAGGAAAUUCAAGAGAAACUAGAAACUAUAAGUGUUCCUUUGAAGAAAUUAGCCUCUGUUUUGGUCACAAUGACAGAUAGAGCCAUCAAGCCAGAAAUUAGUAAUAUAAAAGAUGAAGUUCAGAACAACCUCCUAAAUCUCAGGGAAUCGUUGAAUAUUGUGAAGUUGGAAAUGCCAAGGAGUUUUCAAGUGAAAUUUUUAGAGGAAAAUUGUAACAAAUUACAAUGUGCCAUAGAUGAAGUUGUUUUAGAAAUUCAGCUGGAAGAAGAAGCAUUGAAAAACAUCGAGAAAUUCAUUGCUAAAAUAGAAAACAUCAGUGAAAAUAUUUCCAAGAUGGAUGUUAAAUCUAAAACUGAAGUGCAACAACUUAUUUUAGAUAUUGCCCAACCACUAGUCGAUCUCAAAAAGGGAAUACAAGAUGAUACUAAGACUAAAGAAGUUUGGGAAACAUUGAAAAUUUUAUGUAAACCGCUAAGAGAAUUGUCAUCUGUAGUAGUUAAAUUAGUAUCUGGGGAUGAACUGACGGAGUCAGAGGUGAGAAAACCUCUGUUAGCUCUAAAAGAACCUGUUGCUUUCAUAGAGAAGGAAAUUUCCGAUAAAGGGAAAAUUGCAAGAUUGGCCGAGCCUCUUUAUAGUUUGAAAUGUGAGCUUCUCAAAAUGGAGAAGAAACAGGAGAAAACUAAACCCUUCGAAGAAAUAACUUCGAAAAUAGGAAAACUCUGCCACCACGUUCAGGAUCUUACCACUGGAUUGUAUAGUCGGAGGGGUGUUAUGAGUAUUGUUUGCCUUGUUGAGCCUCUGGUGACCUUGAGAAAAGAGAUAAAAAAGCACGGGGAUAAGAGUGAAAAUCUCUCCAAUAUUUCCGUAUUGAUUGGCCCCUUAGAUCAGCUAUAUGUAACUGUUAAAGAAUUGAAGUUGAAUAAAAACGACAAAGAUGCUAUCAAACUAAUAACACCCCAGCUCCAACAAGCUCUAUCUUCUCUUCAAGAAACUAUCAUCUCUCUCCACACAGUUCACCCAUCAAUACUCAGUGAAGCACUCGAUCAUCUCAAAUCUAAAGUUUCUAGCGUAGGGGAAAUAAUUGCUAGAGAACAAAAAAUGUCCCUUGUUAUAACUGAGAUGAAGCAACAUGUAGCCGAUCUUCAUUUUCUCUCAACCGCGGAGGAGAAAUCAAUAGGUGGAAUUUCGAAGCUAUCCAAGCCACUCGAACAUAUGAAAGAAGCCAUCAACAUCAUGGAAUCGUCCUUGGAGAAAUGCGUGGAUAAAUUUUUGCUUGAAUGUGUGGAAAAUCUCAAAGAAAUCAAUUCACCCAUGGAAAAACUCUCAUUGCUUAUAAUAAAGCUAGGGGAUACCACCAUGAGCUCUGAGAUGAAAUGUAUGGCUAAAAAUCAGUUGGAAGAGGGAAUUCUAACUCUACACGAAACGAUUCAGAAGGUACACACUUCUAUACCAGACCCAUCACGAUCUGAAAUAACCCAAGUUAUGCAAUCGUUAGGAACACUUCGAACAGAAUUAUUGAAUUUACACCAUUCUCUACUAGCAGCUGGGAAAAUCAAGAAGAACGCUGAAAGGAUCAUAGCUGAAAUCUGCCAUAUCAAUCAGAACCUUGUAAAUAUCAAAAUUGAACAAUGCGCCACUCCACUGACAGCAGUCUUUUCAAUAGAAAAAAUCAUGGAGCCUCUGAACGAGUUGAAAGAAGGCAUUCAAACUUUGGAAGAAUUUGAAGGUGAGGAUGCUGCUGCUAUUAAGAGUGAAACCUUCGAGAAGUUAGUGGUGGUUGAGACGCCACUCCAAAAACUAUCUUGUGUUUUGGUUGAGUUGAAUUCAUGCAGAAUCAGACCAGUGGUCACUGAUGUGUCCAGACCAGAACUUAAAUUGGCGUUGUCUGCUUUGAAGGGGGAAAUUGAGAGAAUUUCCAUGUCUUUACCCGAAUUUAAGCACUCCCAAUUGUUGGUUCAACCUUUGGAUAAGCUGAAGGGAGAAAUAUCUCAAAUUGAAGAUGCUAUUUCGAGCCCUGAAGUCCAAAAACAUGAGUUGGCCGAAAAAAUUAUUGCCGCCAUCGAUUCAGUUACGUCUCAGAUCGAAAUCGAUAGGACCAAAACCGUUUACUCACCAAUUGAAAAGGUCCAAGAACCCUUAUUGGAUCUCAGGAAAAGUAUCGAAGACUUGAACCAAGAUGAACCAGCUCUCAUCGAUCUUCACACACCUCUGCAGCAAUUAUCUUCGGAAUUAUUGCAAUCUGAUGAAAAGACGCAGAAAAGCAAUGUAUUAAAAAUUGUAAAAACAUUAUCUACGCUUCGUGAAGUUUCAGCAGGAAUUGAAUCUGAACUGACUAAAGGUGAGAAUGGCCAGAUUCUUAUCCAACCAAUCGUUUCUUUACAGAAAGCUAUUGAACAAGUAGAAAAAGAUGUUUCAAAUAGGGAGGUAAACAAAGACUUAGGGAUUUUACUGGAUAUCUUGAAAACAGUAGAUCAGAAUCUGAAUAAACUGAAUUCAAAGCAUAUCACACAAAAUCGAAAAGGAGCAUUUAGUAUUUUGAAGAUGAUAGGGCCUUUAGAACAGGUUAUAAGUAAAGUCGAUGAGAAUGUGAACAGCAACAAGAAGAUAUCUAGGACACAGCAACAAAUUUUAGAUAUGGCCAAAUCGGCAUUCGAAGACUUAUCAUCAAUUCUCGAAAAGAUGGACAUGAUGCAGCUUGAAGAAAAUCAUGAUCUACAAGGCAUUUUGAAUAACUUGCAUAAUUCAAUAGAAAACAUUGCUACCGAGAAAGCGAUGAAAAAAUAUGAUGAAACUUUGAUAGUUCACUUCGAAUUUUUACAACAAGCAAUAUCAACUAUUAUAGAUGAUAUAUCAGCAGAAGAAAAGAAGAAAUCAGUAACAGCUUCUCUGAUCAUAACUGAUAUAAAGCAAAUACAGGAGAAUUUGAAAGUAUUGCGGGUGAACAAAAAAUCGAGUGACCGAUCAGCAAUUCUCAAAGUCGUGAGACUAAGUGAGCCACUUCUUGAAUUAGAGAAUGGUAUCAAAGCCUUCGAAGCUGCUGAAGAAGAAAUUGUUGAAGAUCUUAGGAUCGAGACUUUGGAGAAAUUGAAGACGUUGGAUUGUUCUUUGCAGGAAUUUUCAGCAGCAAUAGCAAUACUCAUCGAAAAGAAUUCUAGUCCAGAUGUGCAAGAAGUUGUGAAGCCUGUACUACUCGAAGCUUUCGCUUCCCUCAAAAAAAAUAUUGAUGGGGUAAAACAAGAGAUGCCUGAAGUGAAACAAGCUCAAUGGUUAUUGCAGCCUUUAUCCAUGUUGCAUUUAGAAAUAUUGGCUAUAGAAAAGAAUAUUGUGAAAGAGAAUUUGAAAAAAAGUGGAAUUGAAUUGAAACUGACCCUGGAUCAGUUGAAAGAACAUAUUCAAAAACCAAUUGUUGAAACUUUAUCCUCCUCACAAACCGCUAUAAUAUCCAUCAAUCGGAUUGAGAAACCCAUUCAAGAAUUGAGAGAAAAUAUAGAAAUUUUCGAAAUGCAACCAGAAACCGCAGAAGAAUUAAAAUUGGAAGUUUUAGAAAAACUGGCAGUUGUUAAAGAGCCUUUACAGUUGCUUUCCGCCAUUACAGUUUCUUUCAAAAGACCUGCAAAAACUCCUAAAUUUACGAACGUUACACAACCCAAUAUGAGCUCUUGCUUGUCAUCAAUCAAAGAAGUCAUCCAACAUCUGACCCUUGAUUUGAAACCACCCCAGCAAUACAAGUUGUUGCAGGAACCACUACAGAAACUGCAAGCUGUUAUAAGUUCUAUUGAAGAAGAUGUACAAAUAAUUACCGACUUGAAAGUAAAACUUUGUAAAUCAAUAGAAGAAUUCAGAAAUAUCCUAGAUUGUUCGAAGGUAGCCCUUGAGAAUAAGAACAAAGAAAUGUUGAUACUUCUAGAACCUCUCGACAACCUCAAAAAUUAUAUCAAAGUUACUGGUGAUAUCGAUAAAGAUUGUUUCGAGAUCUUGAGUCAAGCUAAUCAGCCAAUGGAAAAUUUAUCGGCACUGAUUGCUACCAUCAAAGAUAUACCUUUGUCUUCAGAAGUAGCUGGUAUCGUACGAACAGAAAUUCAAUCUGGAACACUGAAUUUGCGUAUAGCCAUUGGAAAUAUUCUAAAGCAAGACUCAAUAUUGAAGAAUUCGGAUUUGAAGAAUCAUCUUACGAAAUUGUUCGAAACAUUAGAAUUCAUAGAAAGUCAGAUAUCAGUAGGAGAAAUCAAGAAUGAGAGAAAAACAGAAAUAAUAACUUCAAUAAACGAUUUCAUAAAUAGUAUACCUCAAAGGACGACAGACAAAUUGUUGUGCCUCCUUAGAGAGUCUGUCCCAUCCUUCACUGCGCUCAUUGAAGUAAUACGGUCCAUAACUGGGUCCCAAACAGCAGAAAUGGACAUAGUUCAUCAGAACAUGAAUGUAAUGGUUGACCCAUUAGGCAAAUUAUCUGCUAUCCUUGUGAGUAUUCACGAUACUGGCUUGAAUGAAGAAAAGAAAAAUUUACUGGUGAAACUCCAUAAGAAUCUCAUCGAGUUCAAGGAUAUUAUUGAGGAUAUGAAGUCGAAAGAUGGAAUAAAAAUUUGUGGAGAAUUAGUGAGGGCUCUAGAUAAAUUGAGAGAUGAUUUGAAUAGAACUGUACGAGUAGAUGACGAAGAGCAGCUUAUUGGCAAAAACCUCAGUUUGCUGCUGAGACAGUUCCUCGAAGAAAUAAAGCUUUUAAAAACGAAGAAAAGCGACCUAUUCUCAGAAGAAAAAUUGGAGAACAUUUCCAAGAUUGAGUUAGUUUCUGCUCUAGAGAACCAUAAGCAACCAUUUUCAAAGGAGGUGGUAGAAAAAUUGGAAACUUUUGAGCAAUUACUAGACCAGAACGUUGUGGCUUUGGUAAAAAUGUCUUCCAGUUCUGAGGAACCAGAGACUCACCGACAAUCUGGAGAAAACCUUCUUAAGAUCAUGAAAAAAUUAUCUGAUAGUAGCAAAGAUGUUGCAUCAGUAUUAGAACCAUCAACACAAUUGACGGUUUGUUUCACAGAAUUUUCUUCGAAAAUUAGCGAACUCUUCGAGGAAAAACCCAAAAAGAGAGGAGUCGAAGAAAAAGUCAGUAGUUCCCUGGAGGAAUUGAUAACCAAUCUGAACGAUCUGAAGCAAGAAGCUUCUCUCAUGAAAGUCUCUACAAAUACGAUAAUCAUAUCGCUGUUGAACCUAGAACAACCACUUAAAUUAUUCAAGGAGAAUGUAGACAAACUAGGAUCAAGUUUCUUCGCAUCUUUCCAAACCUCCAAAUUCGAAACCAAAUUGCUUUCGUUCAGAACAAACAUCGUAACAUUGCAGUGUGUGUUGGGCAACAAGGAUCUGCUCAAAAACGAGAUGUACGAGCUUUCGAAAACCGUAAAAUCUUUGGAAAACUGCUUGAGGCUCCUGCAGAAAGAGCAAUCGUCCAAUAACAUUGAUACUAGCUCAACAGCUUCUGUAAGGAAGCAUUUGCUUGUUGUGAUCGAGAACAUAGAGAACGAAAAAUUCGAUCAAAAAGUGCUGAGUCAACUUAUCGACACAUUCAGAGAGCUAGAUGCGAAUAUUCAACUAUUGAAGAAGAGGAAUAAGAGCGAACUGAGCGAGGAUAUAAUAAGAACUUUGGAAUUGUCCCAGAAUUUGAAGAAUAUCGAUGAAAUUCUGGGUGUUGCGAAACAGGUGAGCCAAAACUCGAAAGAUAUUUCGGAAAAAACAUACGAGAAGUUGAAGAAAUUUCAGGAGAGUCUGAGGAGUUUCAGUGUACAUUUGAAUAACAUCGAAGUAAACAUCAACACCAGUAUUUAUCUGAAUAUUCUCGAUCAACAUUCCGAUGUUACAAACGACUUGAAAUCAGCUUUCGAUAUUCUCCUCAAUUUGCACCCUGAAAAUGAAACCAUGGAAGUGAUAUUGAACGGAUUAGGACUACUUAAGAACAGUUUCAAUACAAUAACUGAGCAAGCCAAAGAUUCCAAGAGUAAGAGAAGGAAUGAUAUGCAAAUAAUUGAUUUGUUCGAGAAGGCACUUUCAGAUUUACAGAAAAAAAUUCGGCACAUUUCUCCAUCUUUUAAGACUGAAGAAGCAUCAAAGCUCAGCAAAGUUUUACAACCCAUAUCCAUCCUCAUUGAAACCUUAAAGGAGUUAAGAGCAGACAUCUUAACAGAAUAUUCUAGACAAACGGACUUAUCAGAGCCGACAUACAAGAAUUUGUGUCCGGAGGUUGAAGCAAUAAACACUUUCUCCAAAUCUCUUCAAGGAUCAGAUAUCGUUCAAAUGAAGAAUAGUUUCUCUGGACUCAAAGCCAACUUCAAGAACCUGAAAGCAACUUGCAUCAACGAAGAAUUUUUAACUCCACUUGAUUUACCUAUCGACAUGAUGGUGAGGGCUAUAGAUGGUAUUUUGAGAUUUAUAAGAGAAAGUAUGGAAGAAAGCGAUGAAGAAUCUCUGAAAGAACUUGGUGAAGAAGAAUUAGAGAAAACAGUAGAUGAUACUGAAAAACUAGGGGUCGCAGAAGAGAAAGCAGAAGAAGCAUAUAAAGGAGAGGAUAAAGACGAACCUAUUAAAGUAGACGUCACGCACGAAGAGCAAGAUGAAGAAAAGGUAGAGAAAAAGCCAGAACAAGAACCAUUGGCCGAUAAAGAUGAAGCAAACAAGGUUCAGGUGGAUGCUGAGUUGAACAAAACCAAGGGAUUAACUGUGGAAAAAGAGAAGAAUGUAGUCAGUGAACCAGAAAAGAAAAAUGAUACUGAGAAGGCAAUAGACGCUGAAAUUGAAACAAAGAAACAGACCGCACUUGUUGAAUCGCAGAAAGAGAUUGAAAAAGUUGAAAACACUACACCUAUCAAUAAAAAGCAGGAUAUAGAAGACAAAAAGGGGGAAAAACUGAAAGGAAGUGAAAAAUUAGAUGAAAAAGAAUUGAAAGCAGAUGAUAAGCUUCAAUUUAUCGAAGAAAAGAAUCAACAAGAAGAGAAGAAUAAAUCGGCUACAACUCAAGAAUCUCAGAAUGAAAAUUUACCACAGGAUAUAAAGGAAGAUGAUAAGAAAAUGAAAGGUCGAGAUUCGGAAAAAAUAGAAAUUCUAACAGGGGGAGAACUUGAAGACAAAUUAGGGCAAGAAAACGUGAACAAAUCAGAGAAUGAAAGCAUAGAAGUGAAGGAACAGAUGGAGCAAGAUAAGAAUUCGGGAAUAAAAAAAGGAAAUGAAUGUGUACAGAAGAUACCAAAGGAUUCUGAUGAAGAAAAAUAUAUGAAACAAUUAAAACCUGAAACUAAUGAGGAAGUUCGAAAAGAUGAGGAGCAAAAAUCAACACAUGAGGAGGUAAGAAAAGAACCCCUUGCAAAAAUGAAGAAGAAAGAAGAAAUCAAUGGAUCUACUGUCGAAAAAAUUGAAAAGAAACGGAAAUCCAAGGGAGGUAUCGAAUUGAAAGAUGAAAUCGGAAAAGAUAAAUCAAGUGAUGAUCUUGCAAAACCUGAAAUUAAAAAAGAGGCGAAAAAGCCCGUCCAAAACGACGAUAAGGAAAAAAUUCCGCAAGAAGAAGUGAUUCAAGAACUCAAAAAAGAAGAAGAAAUAAUUAAAGAUCGAGCAUCUGAAGAUGAAAAGCAGUUGAAAAGUGUUGUUGAAUCUAAAACGCUUGAGAGUGAAGAAGUUAAGGCUAGUGACACAUCUGCGAAAGGCGAUCAGAAAAAACUUCAUCUAGAGAAAAAAGAAUCAAUAACAGGCUCUACAGAAGAGGAAAAACCAACUGAUAAUGGUGCCGAUGCAAAAGAUAUGAUGAAAAAAAAUCACGAAAGGAAAGAAAUUUGUAAUGGAACUGACGCCAAAGAGAGAGGAGAUGAAACUAAAGAUAGAAAAAUUGAAGAACGAGAGAAGAAGGAGGAAACAGGGAAAUUGGAAGUUCAGAAACAAAUCCAAAGCUCAAUUACAAGUGAAGACUCAGUAGAAAAGAAACAGGAAAAGGUUGGGUCGAUAGAGAAUGUAGCAGGAGAUUCUUUGAAAGAGGCGAAAAAGACUGACGGAAUUGUGGAAACUGGAGAGGACCCUAAACAGCAUAAGAAACAAGUAAUCGAGGCUUUAAAAGAUGAAGCCGUUGAGAAAGACAAAGAAAUUCAGGUACCCCAGAAAAAAAAGAAGAAUGAAUUGAAAAUCCAGAAACAAAAAGAAGAAAACUCAAUGACUAGUAUAACGUCAGCAGAUAAGGAACUCGAGCAGGUUCAGCUGGGGUCCGACCCCGUAAAAGAAACAGUAAAAACUGAAGAAAUUGUGAAAAAAGAUGCAGACACUGAUGAACAUAAGAAACAGAAAAUUUCUGAAGAAAUUGAUAGAGGAAGUACUUCACAAAACAAAGAAAUCGAAGAAAAUAAAUUGAACAUUGAGACUAAUGAGCAAAAUAUUCAGAAACAAAAAGAAGAAAAUUCAAAUCACAACAACUUAUCUACGGAGAAGAAAUUGAAGGUUAUUGAACCGGAAGAGGUUCAGCUGGAGCCCGAUUCUGUAAAAGAGGCAAAAAAGACUGAAGAAAUCGUGAAAAAAGAUGCGAAAACUGAUGAAAAUAAAAAGCAAAAAACUGAAGAAAUUCAUAAAGAAACCGCCUUACAAGACAAAGAAAUCCAAAAAACUGAAUUAAACAUUGAGACUACUGGGCAGAACAUUCAGGAACAAAUAGAAGAAAAGUCGAUCCAUAGCAACUUAACCGUUCAGAAGGAAUUGGAGAAAAUUCAACCGUUAGAGAUUGUAACUGAAGAUACUGCGAAAAAGACUAAAGAAACUGAUGCUGAGAAAAGUGAAGCUGUUCCCCGAGACAAGGAAAUCAAGGAUCAAGAGAAGAAAAAGAAGUCUGAUAAAUUGAAUAUACAAGAAGAAAAAAUUUCGGUAAGCAAUGAUGAGAAGAGUCGAGAGAAAACCAAAAUUCAAAAAGAUAAAGAGUCUAAAACGGAAAACGAUGAAAAUAUUCAAAAGGAGAAUGCUGAAAAGAUUGAAGUUCAAAAAAGUGGAGAGAAGAAAAUUUCAGAACAAAAUGUCAGUACUGCUACUGAAGCUGAUCGAAGAACUUCAUUGAAAGCAGAGGAGAACGGAAAAUCCCUUGAAAAGAAAGAACAUCAAUUGAAACUCACUAAAAAACCGGAGAAGAAAGAUAGAAAGAAAACAGAAAAAGAGAAGGAACAAAAGGAUCAAGCUCAUGUGAAGGAAGAAAUAACAGAAACUAACUCGAAAAAAGAAGAACAGAAUGGAAAAGUUCAAAAAUUAGAAGAUGCAGUGAAUGAUAUCAACGAAGAGAAAAAGGUUCACAAAGUUGAAACCAAUUUAGAAGAAAAACAAAGCGAUGUAAAAUCUAAAAUAAAAGAGGACAAAAUUGAGGAGAAAACAGAAGAAAUGCAAUGGGUUGCUGAAGUUCGGGAAAAAGUUAAGGAUGCAGGGGAGAAAGAAAGAAAAACUAUAAGGAAGAAAAGCUUGAAGAAAGAAGUGAAAGUUGAGGCUAAGAAUGGUACAACAGAAGAACAAUCGAAAAAUCUCAAUUCCGUUGAGUUGGAGAAAGAAAGAUACAAAAAUGGAAAAAAGAAAGUGGAAGAUGUGAAACGAGUCGAUGAAACUAUUAAAGUUAGUAAGGAGAUUGAUAAAAAAACUGAAUAUAAACAGAAACCUCCACUUAAUGAAGGAGCAAACAGUCUUACAACUUCGAAGAACUUCGAAAAUAUACCGAAACAAAAUGGCGAAAGCAUAGUAGACAUUCCAAACGAACGACCAAAAAAAUCCAAUCUCACAUUUACUGGAAGAGAUAACUUCGACAUAUAUCCAGAGGGACCAAAAGCAUAUUUGGGAGAAAGACACACUAACAGAGCACCAAUUUUCAGUACCUGCCUGACAGAUAAAUCAGCUAUGGUAUCAUCUACAGUUAAAUUAACUUGUACCGUUUUGAUGAAAGACGCAAGGAAUAUAAGAUGGUUCAAAGAUGACGUACUGAUACAAGAGAAUAACAAAUAUUCUAUACAUUUCCGCGACGGAAUGGCAGAAUUGGAAGUGAAGGCAGUAACCAUGGACGAUAGUGGAGAGUACAAAUGCGAAGCUUCGAAUGAACAUGGAGUGACAAUCACGAGGGCUCACCUGACAGUUGGCCUAAGUAAAGGGCAUCAGGAUUCCAAGAAAAGAACUUUUAAUGAAACCUACGGAGUUAAAGAUGAUGAAUUGACUUUGGAAUGUAGGGUUAAAUGUCGCCAACCACAUUACAUAAAAUGGUUCAAGGACAACGAAGAGAUAAGUUUGGAUGGUAGAUAUAUCCUCAACUAUCUUGACGAUGGUAUAGCUCGUUUGAUUAUACGUAAGCCAAAUGAAGUAGAUUCCGGCGUUUAUACUUGCACAGUGGCUGAUACAGCUCAUACUGAACAACUGUCGCAUUCUUUGAAGAUCUCACCGGAGAAACAGAGAAAUGUAAACAUUCCAAACGCACCCAAAGAUGAUGGGAAGCUUUUAAAGACACCAGUGAUUCCAAGAAGUCCCACUAAGACAUCAGAUAUCACCAAACCACCAACCACAACGAUUUCAACUUCGCCGAUUUUUGAGCGGAGUCUAACCGACCACAUCGUCCCAGCUGGAGGAGUUAUGGCUCUUCAGGUAGAGAUAAGGGGAGAACCUAAGGAGGUGACGUGGUUCAAGGAAGGUCAAAAACUGGUCCCGUCAUCGCCAAGACACAGGACUUUCGAAGAGCGAGGGGUCUAUACGUUGCUCAUACCGAACAUAAGCGAGUACGAGGCGGGGAAAUAUACGUGCAGGGCUGUGAAUGCGCAUGGAAGGUCUGAGACGUCUUCUUACGUUAACGUACUUCAACCGGGAGCAGUGAGAGAUGGUAAAUCCGCCAUGUUCUUAUCUAGACCGGACAAGAUCUUGAGCGUGUGUCUAGGGGAGGAUGUUUCUGUGUCCUUCAGGAUCGGAGGGGACCCAAAACCAAAGAUCAUUUUGAUGAAAGGCCUCACUGACAUCACUGAAAAUUCGAGAUGUUUCAAAGAAACAUCCGAUGACUAUAAUCGUUUUACUCUGAAAGCCCUAACGGAAAAAGAUAUGGGCACUUAUUGUAUUCUGGCUAAGAAUGUUCACGGCUGCGACAGGGCCUUCUUCACUUUGACACUCAGGAGGAGGGCAAGAUCUGAAACCCCUACGAGGGAUGUGACCAGGGAAAUCCUAGAUGGCGUACCUUCUUACCUAGAGAGGAACUAUCUUCAAGAUGUGCCUGGACCGAUCUCAGAAAAACCCACGGUGACCGACAACGGAAAGAACUGGGUGUCGCUGUCAUGGGGCAAACCCGAACACCGUGCAGCCCCCGUCGUAGCCUACAGGAUCGAAUCCUGGCUAAGGGGAGGCGAGGGCGCAAGAUGGACGGAACUGGGAAUAUCCCCGAUAAACAGCUACGACGCCUUCAAUUUGAAACCCGGAGGGGAGUACCAGUUCAGGAUCACCCCGCGUAACAGGUAUGGUUGGGGAGAGGCCGUACAGAGUGAUAUCAUCGUGGUGGGGGACGCUGCAGGGUUGCCGGAGUUCACGAGGACCCUUCCUGGACAGAUGAAAGCUCUGCUGGGCUCGACGAUCUCACUGGAAUGCCAGCUGAGGUUAGACAGCUCGGCAACGAUAAGAUGGUACAGGAACUCCUCGGAAAUCGAAACUGACUCAGACCCCAGAUUGUCCAUGUCAUUCCAGCAAAAUCUCUGCGUUUUGACCAUAUCCAGCCUGCGCAGGAACGACAGUGGAAGGUACAUCUGCGAAGCCAUAAACAAGGCUGGAAGAGUCUCUUCUUUCUGCAGGCUAUACGUCGUAGAUGACCCUUCGGUUUUCGCCGCAGGCGAGAAUCUGAAACUGGCUAUGGACCAAGCGGAAACCUACAAGGCCGUCCCGCCGCAGUUCACGAUGAGGCUGAGGGAUAGAAGAGUCCAAGUGUCGUACCCGGUAAGGCUAACCUGUCAAGUGGCUGCAGCACCUGCCCCCAAACUAACCUGGUUGAAGGAUGGCGUAGAAAUCGAAGCAGACGGUCGGAGGAGUUUCUGGACGGACGACCACUUCCACACGUUGGAAAUAGGAAAAACGGAUUUAGGAGAUUCGGGAAUUUACACGGUUAUAGCGAGAAACGAUUACGGAACGGUAUCAUGCAAAUGUAACUUGGUGGUAGAUCAAGGUAUCAGGGUGUAUAUCCCUCCGGAGUUCAAGAACAAGCUCGAGGCGUCAAGUGUUGAGUUGCACGAAGGGGAAGAGCUUCGUUUAUACGGAAAAAUCGAGGCUUAUCCGAUAGUUGGCGUGGUGUGGUACAGAGAUGGAAUGCGAUUGAGGCCUUCCAGAAAGUCUGUUAUGACCUUAUCGCACGACGGUAGGGUCGAGUUAUCCGUGGCAGAUGUUAGUAUGAAGGAUGCCGGACAGUAUUCUUGCGUUGCAACGAAUGAGGUUGGUAGGGCUGAGAGCAGUGUCAGGGUGGAAGUGAGAGGAAACAGGGAGGUGAAAGAUAAUCAAGUAAUCGUUCCACAAGACGGACAAAUAUAUUCUAAGGAACCACGUUUCCUCAAGAAACCCAGAUCUUCAGAAGCCUACGAGGGUGAUAAUAUCGUCAUCCUCUGUGAAAUUAUCGGCGAUCCUGAACCUGAGGUGAUUUGGUUGAGGGACUUCUUGAGGCCUGAUUAUUAUCGAGAUGCCCCUCAUUUUCAUCGUGUAGACCAAGGACACGAAUAUCGCUUAGAAAUACCAAAUGCCAAGAUCGACUUCACUGGAACCUACACAGUAUACGCCAAAAACUGCCAUGGCGACGCCAAAGCCAUAAUAUCCCUCCAAAUAAAAUUUAAAGAAGAACCACAGGGAAACAGAACGAUGGACGAGAAGAAAAUUAGUAAAUUUCAGACUGUACCAUCCAUUAAAAGGGGAUUGAAGGACAUCAAAUGCUGCGACGGUGAUUCUGUGAUCUUCGAAUGCGAAGUUGAAGGCACUCCCAUACCUGACGUCAAAUGGGAAAAGGCAGGAAAACUUAUUCAUCUGGGAGGUGAUUUCAAUGCAGACCUGGAAGGUACAACAGCGCGUUUGUCCAUAAAACAGGUAUAUCCCGAGGAUGAGGGUGAAUAUUCUUGUGUAGCAUUCAAUGAACUAGGAAAAGCUUCGACAUCCGCAUGCCUCAUCGUAGAUUUACCUGAAGAGAAGGAAAACAUCAUCAGCCAACAACUCCAAAGACCUUUAGGCCACUGCUUGGAACCCAGCCCCAUAACAUCACCCAGAGCCACCCCUACCCGUAGUUUAUCACCAAGAAUCCGUCCCAGAGAAACUGUACCACCAAGCUUAGGGCCUCACAGGAGAGUCAGAGCAACAGCGCCAAAGUUCUACACCAUCCCCCACAAUCGCAUAGCCGAAGAAGGAGAAACGGUAAAGUUCCAAUGCGCAGUUGCGGGCUACCCCGACCCCUACACCAACUGGGAGAAGAACGGCGUCGUCGUAACCCCCAACCACAAGACCAGAGUUUCCGAACUGGACGAUUUAAGGAUCCUGGAGCUGAGGGAGGUCACCAGGGAAGAUUCCGGAACUUACAAGAUCGUUUUGGAGAACGAGGUCGGAAGGAUUGAGGCUUCGGCGCGCUUGGACGUGGUCGCUAAGAGGAACUACCACACCCUGACCACCAGAACCAGAGCUAGGAGCUUAUCACCCAGAGUUUCUUCCUAUGGAAGAAGUCUGAUAGGCUCCACUGGUCUGUACGGAAGUAGAACGAGGUUACAGUGCGAUAUAAGAACAGUACCGACGCCCUAUCUCAAAUGGUACCGCGACGGCGUUCCUCUGGAAGAAGGUCCGAAGUACCACAUCUCCUCCAGUGCUACCACGGCGUUUUUGGACAUCGAAGAAGUGAACCAAAGCGAUGCGGGAGUGUACAGGUGCGUGGCCGCCAACGAUUCGGGUUCCGUUACGACAGUGAUCAAAUUCGAGGUGAUUGAGUCCGUCCAACUCCUGGAAGCUCUACCGGGUGAGUUGGUGGUGAGAGAGGGGGACCCUUUGAGGCUACGGUGUAGAGUUAACGUGAGGCAAGGCGUCGAUGUUGUGUGGAUGAAAGACGGCUGCGUCCUGCCGGAUUGUGACGAGUUUGAACAGGUCGUGGGCGACGAUGGGAGUGUGGAGCUGGCUGUGGCUUGUUGCAGAGCUUUGGACGGUGGCGAUUAUAGGUGCGAAGCGUACACGCCGUUUGGUGACGUCACGUCGAGAUGCAGGGUCGUGGUUAGAGGAGGAGAAGGGCCCAAAGAAGUGGAAUUUGUGAAAAAACCGUCACCUGUUAUCGCAGUGCAAGGAAGCUCAGCAUCAUUCUGCGCAAGAAUCAGGCAGAAAUCUUACGACAGAAAAUAUCGAAUGGAAUGGGAAGUAGCAGGCUCACCCACUACAGAUUCGUCUAAGUUCUCGGUAGAGGAAGACGGUGACGUCAGCGUGUUCCGCAUCGGCCGGUGCGAGCGGGGCGACGCGGGCCCCGUAAAAUGCCUGGUCCGUCGAAGACGAGGUGGUGGACGUCGUCGUCGGCAGCAGCAGCUGGAGCAGUCGCUAUCCCGCGCCGACCAAGAGUGGACCGACGACGCGAUCUUGUGCGCUUGCGACACGGAGUUGACGGUGGUUGGUGAUUUAUCCGAGCUUGGUCCCGAAGGCGCCGACGACAUGGAGGUGCUAGAGGGUGGCGACGACGCCACUGGUUUCGCGAGAAAAGUGACGGACGAGCCGGCGAUGCUGCUCAGGGGUCCGCAGGACGUUACGGCGCUCGUUGGCGACCGGGUGUUACUCAAGGCUCUGUACAUGGGCCAUCCGGAACCUACGGUCAGAUGGACCAGAGCGGGUCGUGAGUUGAAAAACGAUGAAAAAACUAGCAUAACCGUCGGUAAUGGCGUAUCAUGUCUGCUUCUCCAGAACAUCACUGCUGACGAGAGUGGAAAAUACGACGUUUGCGUGGAAAACUACCAUGGUGCAGAUUGCAGUUUCGCCUCAGUCUCAGUCGAAGGGCCCCCGGAUCCGCCGAGCGGCAAACCGAGCAUCACAGCCACGUCGGACGCGGUCACCGUGGCCUGGAGCAGUUCCCCCUACGACGGAGGCAGGAUAGUGACCGGCUUCGCCGUCGAGUACUGCCUGGUGGGCAGCGACAUCUGGACGGCCGUCACGGAGAACUGUCACUCGUUAUCGUACACCUUCAGGGGGUUACAGCCCGGGGCCAGAUACGUGUUCAGGGUGAGGGCGCAGAACGUGCACGGUUACAGCAGGCCCGGACUGGAGUCGGACGUCCUGCAGCUGGACGAACUCAACGAAAUAUCCAGCUUCGAACCCAGGAUGGUAUCGUUGGAGCCAGGUCCCGAAUUCAAGGCACGCUACGACACGUUGGAAGAAUUGGGCAAGGGGCGGUUCGGCGUGGUGCAUAAGGUGGUCGACAAGACGACUUCGCAAAAACUGGCCGCCAAGUUCAUAAGAUGCAGGACGGCGAAAGACAGGGACAAGGUCCAGGAGGAAAUUGACAUCAUGAAUCAGUUGAGGCACCAGAAGCUGCUCCAGUUGGCGGCCGCCUUCGAGAAUCCAAGAGAAAUGAUAAUGGUUAUGGAAUACAUUUCUGGAGGGGAGCUCUUCGAACGCGUGGUCGCCGACGAUUUCACACUGACGGAAAAAGACUGCAUACUUUUCGUCAGACAGAUCUGCGAGGGCGUCGAAUACAUGCACAGCCAGAACAUCGUCCAUCUGGACCUCAAACCCGAGAACAUAAUGUGCCACACGAGGACUUCGCACGAGAUCAAGAUCAUAGAUUUCGGAUUGGCACAGAAGUUGGAUCCCGAGAGGCCCACCAGGGUUCUGUUCGGGACCCCUGAAUUUAUACCGCCGGAGAUAAUCAACUACGAGCCGAUUGGGCUAAAGUCUGACAUCUGGUCCAUUGGCGUUAUAUGCUAUGUGCUAUUGUCAGGCUUGUCGCCGUUCAUGGGAGACAAUGACGCCGAAACCUUCGCCAACAUCACCAGAGCCGACUACGAUUUCGACGACGAGGCUUUCAACACCGUUUCUCAAAACGCCAGAGAUUUCAUAUCUGCUGUCCUCAUCAACAGGAAAGAGGAUCGUCUAUCUGCGGAACAAUGCUUGAAACACACCUGGUUGGACCCGGAAAACCAUCAAGAGACCGUCGUUCUUUCUACGGAUAAACUGAAGAAGUUCAUCAUACGCAGAAAGUGGCAGAAAACAGGUAACGCCAUACGCGCCUUAGGAAGGAUGGCAACUCUUUCUGCCAGCAGGAGGAAUUCCGCCAACAAUUCGACGCCGAACACGCCCAGGCCGUCCCUGACGGGCGGCACCGUCAAUUCGAUGACGUCCAGAAUGAACGAAGGAAAUAAUUUUCUCGGGGAAAAUCAUUUCCACUCGCUCACCUUGGAGGAUACGCUGCAAGAGGUCGACCCUUCUGACGAGGAAACCAGCAGCGUUUACACCGAAGAUAAAAAGGGGGAAGAGGCUCAAAUUAUCGAAGAAAUUGAGGACAAAGAAGUCCAAGAGAGUCGCGAAGAAUCGGAAGAUGAAAAGAACGCAGAUGCUAACGGAAAUUACAAAACGAAACAAGUAAAUAUCGACGAAGAAGAUGAAAUUCUCGAAACCAAAGACCAAAGCUCUAACCGUAGCCCGAAAUCUGUCAAGAUGAGAUCUUGCACGGAGAGGAGCGACAGCGGCAUCAGCUGUUCCUCCCACCUAACGACCAGCUCUUGCACCUCGACCCCCCUCUUAGGUAAAAAAUUCUCUAUCAUUGAAGAACCAGAAUACAGAAGGCCUACUCUUGCAGAUAGCAACGAAUCGCUGAACUACACCUCAUCCAAACUGAUAACCUUGAGUUCAAAGUUCGAGUCUAGGGAGAAUCUGAUGAACAAAAUGAAAGAUAACGUCCCUAGCGAAGAGAACUUGAGGAGUGCGGUGAGGUGUAAAGGUGUAAAUGCGAAACUGGAGGAUAAAAUUGAGACUUUCGAACACGGUAAACCAACCAAUUCGGCAAAUGGCUUGAAAAAAGUGCCAAUGUACUCAACUUAUACCUCAAGAACAGUAGCGAGCGCUAUAAAGAAAUUCGACCACUUAGAUAAGACCCCGCCUAAUAAAAAAACGUUAAUCAAACCAAACAAUAUUUCUAAAAUGGAUAAUAAGACGGAAAACAAGAUAGAAGACCCCCCAAGACUAAACGAACCAAAGACAAGAAGUAGAUCCAAAUCACCUUGUCCAAAAGCCGACAAAAUCAGUACAGUCUCGCAGUUCGAUAGGUCCAGAUUGAGGACAACUUCUCCCUGCCCCAAACCAAUAGGAAACGAUAAAAUUGUGCCGAAAAUAUCGGUGGAAACUGAAAGAACCUUCGAAGACUCCACAACUCAUAGUGAUAAAGUUGAAUGUUCGCCAAACGCCCAGAGUCGACUGGGAAGUUCCACCACUACACAUCAAACGGUGAGGUAUAGAAGUCCUUCGCCAUCUCUACUGAGAAAAACCCAAUCGUCCAUGGCCAAAGAACAAAACAGCGAACGUUACGUCAGCAGAAUUUCUAAUGGUAAAAUUGGCGCCAAAACACCAAGCAAGAUCAGCCCAUCCUUGCCUCGUAUCGACAAGCCUCAGAGUGAGAAGUUUCAGAGGGUAUCCGCAUUUUGGAACGCCCCAAAAACGUAACCCAUACCAAGACUAUGUUGUAGCGAUAGGUUUCAAAUUGUAUAUAUUUUUCUCUUACCAAACUUGUGCCUUAAGGAUAAUUAUAGUAUGUAUACAUAUGAGUUUAUGUUAGCUCUCUCGUGUUUGACAGUGUAUUGUACCAUCUAUUUUAUGUUGAAGAAAUAUAUUUAUUGUUUCAA